AUGAACUCUUCUAUCGCCAUCUAUCGGCAACGAAAGGUAAACAUGUCAAAACUCUAGAAUGUCUAUAGUCUACUGCAAAUUGUCAACCAUAAUGCAUUGCGCAUAAAUGGCCGCCAUGUUGCUGCCGUCUGAAAGAUGUUCGCAACUGUGUGUGUUUACUAAUGAAUUUUAAGAACUUAAAUAGUUAAAUUACUGUGUUUGUGAAAUUGUGAGUGUACAAUGGUUUUAUAUUUCAUGUAUUAUUGUGAUUGAAAGGUCUAUCAAAUGUCUCUGAAGCCAAUAAACAGUGAAAUUUUCUUUAGAUAGUCAUUCGGUUCGGACGGCAUAAUGGCUGACAAUCUGAUUCAAAAGUCACAUAAAACUAGUGAGAAAAACAAGUAUAACAACGUUGUUCACCGUACGACGAGUGAAUCUCUUCGACUGAACGAGUCGGAGAAGGGGGUGACUCACCCGACAAGUCUGCAAGCCGCCCAUAACCCAAGGAAAAUAUCUUCAUUUCAGAUCACCAGUGUGACGGUCGGCUCGCGAGUUAGCACUGAUGCUGGCGAAGACUCUGCCGACGAUCUUGAUGAAUCUCACACCGACGACAUAUCGAGGGUGACUGACAUUGAGAAUGAAACGCCUAGUUAUUCCGAGGACACGUUCUCGAAAGAUGAUGUGUUUUACAACGCGUCAAGUGCAUCAUUAGGUUGCGCCCCCGUCAUCCCGACCAGCUCGCAAUACGGGCUUGCGAUCGUCGGUCAGGACAACGCUACCAACCAGAUAGGAGGAGCAGUGCCAAAUAGUAAUAAUACCGAAGUGUCUGACAUGCAUGUCAGCGUUACUAACGCCGGAGCAGGCAGCAUCAUUAAUCUCAUAGGAAAUGCGAAACCCCAAGAAGGUAUGAAAGAAAUACAAGAACAUGUUAGGAAUGAACGGUUUAAAGUUGUGAAAAUAGAAAGCACUGAGCCCUUUCGUAGAGGUCGAUGGAUGUGUAUGGAUUACUUGGAUCAUACUACUCAGCAGAUUGCACCGAUCACAAUAAAUAAUAACCUUGAUGUGUCUGAGACUAAUACGCUGCAGGCUCCUGACAGUGGUGUAGUGAUUAACGAUAGUCAACAUGAUGAAAUGUCAAAUGAUCUGACUAACAAAGGGCCUAAAGAUAUGCAAGGUAACGCUCCUACUGUACAGCAACUAGAACAAACUCUUCAGAAACAAUUUCCAAUGGCAUCUCCGGGUCAAUCUUUGACUCAACCUCUUAAUGCUGUACAGCAGCAAAUGCAACCAGUUACUCAGUCAGUAUCAGUGCAGUCUCCACCCUUAGAGAUGCCACAGCAAAUGCCAAAUCAAAAUCUGCAGGCGAACCAGCAGCAGGUGGGACAGCAGCAUCCCCAGAGUAUGACGCACAUCACUAUGCAAAAUGCUCCACAAAACCAUCCUCAACAGACUCAACAACAGCAAGUGCAACAAAUUCCUCAGAGCUUCCCUCAGCACCAGCUUCAGCAAGUGAUUGCCCAAUCUCAGGGUAUGGCAAUGCAACAAAUUCCAAUGCACCAACAGAUGCCGCAGCAAAUGCAACAAAUACCAAACCAACAAAUGCAGCAAAUAAGUCAACAUAUGCCGCAGGCUCAAAUACCAAACAUGCCUCAAAUGCAGCAACAAAUGCCCCAGAUGCAGGCUAUGCCGAAUCAAGGACAGAUUACUCAAGUGGCCCCGCAGCAGCCACAAAUGCAACAAAUGCAGAUGCAGCAAAUACAGGGCCAACCUAAUCCACAAAUGCAUAUGCAGCAGACACAAAUUGCCAACAUGGGACAAACUCAUCACAUGCAGGGACAGCAGCCAAUGGGAGCCCAGCAGGCUCAACUCCAGCAUUUGCCAAGUCAAGCUCAGAUACAAGCUCUUCAAAAUCAACAAAUACCUAAUCACAUUCAACAGAUGCAGAUGCCAACUCAACUCACUGGAGCUAAUCAACAGAUGCCACAGAUGCAAACUCAAAUGCAUCAGCUGCCAUCACAGCCCCAGCAGUCAGUUGUACCUGGCAUGCAUCCUCAAAUGCAACAACAGGGAAUGUCUGGAGUUCAGCAGCAGUACAAUCAAGCUGUGAGUCAACAGUCCAAUGCUCAGUCCAUGAUCACAGCAACCAUGCCAUCUUCACAGCAGCAAAUGGUUCAACCUCAACAUACAGUUCCUCAAUACCACACACAACAGUCACAGAUGUCCCAGCAAGGGCAAACUUUGCCUCAAGAGGUGCUCACUUCUAUAGUUACAUCACAGCAAGGUGCAACAUUACCUUCAAACCUUCAGCCGAUGCCUUCUCAACCACAAGGCUCGACAUUACCUGCGAAUCUUCAAAGUCUUACUGCUCAGCAACAGCCUAAUACUGUACAUACCAUUGCUCCUCAGCAAGGGAAUGUGCCACAAGGAAAUAUGAUGAUGACCACAGCUCCACAGAAUAUGCAGAUGACUCUAGACGGGAAUCAGCCUAGUAUGAUACCCGCCUCAGAUCCUAUAUUCAUGCAGCCAACGAAUGUCGGUCAACAGAUGCCUGUCGGCCAGCAUAUGGGGCAGCAAAAUCUGUUACCUCAGCAAGUGGGAGGCCAGGCGCAGAUGGGCGGCGUGCAAUACGUGUCCAGCCAACCAGUGGCGCAAGUCUCAAUGGCACACCAGAACAUUCCGAUGAUGCAGCCCAACAUGCCGGUCGGUAUGGGCGGUGGAGUCCACCCGAAUGUGGUGCAGUCUCAGACCAGUAUGGGUCUGAGCUACGGGAACGUGGUGCCGGUGAUGUCGCAGAGUAGUGUAGCGCCAGUCGAGGCGACCGUCUCGGGGACUAAUUCGCCGGUGGUGUCGAUGCCAGUGAGUUCUACCGCGUAUGUAGCGAACACGGCGCAGCCGGGUCAUGACAGUCAGGGCUUCGGUAGCCCCGUGAGUGCGGUGUCUCAUGCCAUCAGUGGCGCGGUGAUGAGCAGUGUGAAUGUGAAUGCAUGUGAUAGUGGUGCUCCGGAUGUGUCUGCGGACACGCUGCAGGCUGGAGAUACUGGCGAUGGCAAGGAGGAGCAGCAGCCCGCUCCACCACCAGAGGAUGAAAGCAUCAACGGGCUGGCGUUGGCGCUGGGCGGUAGCGGUGCAGGCAGCCCUGCAACGGCGAACGACUCUCGGGACCAGACGACGACUUCAUCUCGUGCGCCUUCCCCGCCGCCAAACGAGAGGCAGCAGCACUCCAGCGCAUCGGGCACAAGCGCGGUGGCCAUCGACAACAAGAUCGAGCAAGCAAUGGAUCUGGUUAAGAGCCACUUGAUGUUCGCGGUGCGCGAGGAAGUGGAAGUAUUAAAAGAGCGCAUCGCUGAACUAAUGGAGAGGAUCAACCAGCUCGAAGUGGAGAACACAUACCUGCGGGCCCAUGCGAGCCAGGACACCCUGGCGCAGCUGCCCGCGGCGGCUGGCACGAAGCCCCCGGCGGCCCCGCAGGGCCCCCAGCCGCCCGUGUCGUAGGGCGGCGGCGUGGCGCUGCUGAACACGCCCGCCGGCCCCCGCCGGCCAUUGAGGUCCCCGGCCUCGCCCUCGGCGCGCGACCCCGCCCGCGGCACCCCUCCCACGGAGUCACUAAGGCUGUGCUAUGUUAAUUCGUAGGUUAACAAGGAACGAGUGUAAGUACACCGGUCGAGCGCCGAGGGACGCUGCGCGCACGCACUGCGCCGGCGCGUCUCGUAUAAAUCACACAAGUGUCUAGUUAGAGCGGCCGCCGCCCCGGCUGCCGCCCGCAGCGCCCGGGGCGGCUCCCGCGCCCUGCACCACCAGACAUUAUGCUUCGGAUACAUAGAUAUAUAUUUUUCUGUUAUUAAUAUUUAGGGUGCAGAAUUUCGUGCUAACUGCCAUGCUUUUGCUACGCAUCUCAGCAACGAGUCUUUAGUGUUUUGAUGUACGUCGUGUAUAUUUUUAUUUGGUUUAACGUUAGGUAUCGCUAUCCACGUAAUGUAUUCCAUUUAAGGUAACUUGUAAGACGUGUGUUAAUAUUAUAAUGUAAUGAAAUAGUUGAAUAUUCCUAUGCAUUGAACAAUGACUGUGUGUUAAUUUAUUAUCUAUAUAUUUUUUUAAUGUAAUGUUAAGUUAUUUAUCAGGUUUCUCUGUAUGUAUACUACGAUGCAUUAAAUUGCAAGUGUUCCUGAAGGGCCGAUAACAAUGAUCUGUCGUUAGCAAUAUGUACUGAAUGAGUUGUGUGCAGUUUUCAUUUAGUUGGUACUGUUAAUUGCAUAUUUACGAUAAAGUAAUAUAGAAGUUUGAAUGUAUGUUAUCCACAGUCGUAAUGUGUAACGUUAUACUGAGAAGUCGUUUACAAUUAGAAUCGUUGCGAGAAUGUGACCUCGUGCGAUGCUGGCUUUAGAGAAUUUUGCACGCUGAAACUGAAAAAAUAUACUAUUUUUAUUCCAACCCUAUGAUAAUGGAGGUAUAUAGUAAUUUAACAUUGUAUUUUUUUAAUAAUUAAAAAUUGUUUGUAUAUAGUACAAGUUGUAAUAGAAUUGUGAGUCGGAACGAUGUAUAUAACGAAAGAAUGUGAUUAAGGAACCGAUUCCGUAGUCUGCCUUCAAAGGUUGGAUCAGAUGUUAUCGCGAGAAGUAUAUCUAAACAUUAUAAUUUAAAAUAUUCGCUGUAUUUAAAUAGCUUGAUUGUUUAACAUUAAACAAGCGAACAAAGUGGCUGGUGACUGAUUGUAUGGAUUGUAACUAGUGGGAUGUGACGUGAAAGUCAGGCUCUAUGUUUGUUUAAAAGCCAAAGUUAGGAAGGUGUGUCCCAGCGACUGAAGUGUGACAAUUUUACCUAUAGAGUAGUAUUUUGUACAACGCUACUACAUAUGUAUGUGUAUAGACGAUUUUGUUAGGGUCUUCAUAAUUAUUGUGAAUAUACAGUAAUUUACUCCUAGAAGCAUUACUCUAGAUCUAGAUAAUGGUAAUAUGAACUAUAUUAUAUACUGAAAUUUGUAAAUAUACUGUAAACAAAAGUCCAUUGUAGCUUAUGUUGACCAGAAAGGUUCCUCAUACCCAAUAAAUGCAAAACUACUCAAAA